AUGGCUUCUUCGAGCAAUAGCGGUAGCCUUUCAGAGAUGUAUUCUCGUAUCACGUUGGCGGAGGAGGAGGAUGGCGGGUUGGAGAUAUUGGAGGAAGAGGAGGGUAUGGUGGAUAAGAGCUUCGAUUGGUGCUUAGUGGGGCGAGUGUUGACAGAUACUUACAUCAAUUUUAGUGUGUUCAAGCAGAUUAUGGCAGGUAUCUGGAAACCGGUCCACAAAGUUUGCAUUGAGAUGGUGGCGGAACAUUUGUUUGUGUUUAAGUUCUUUCAUGAACUGGACAUGCGAAGAGUGAUUGAAGAUGGUCCUUGGACAUUCGAAAAGAAUCUUAUUAUUACUAAACGAUUAUCCAUCGGGGAGAUUCCGGGGGAGAUUGUUCUAUGGUUUGCAGAUUUUUUGGUCCAUGUGUUGGACGUUCUGGCAGGGUAUGCAACGGAGAAGGUAGGAGAGAAUGUUGGGAAUUACUUGGGUAAAUUCGUUAAGUGCGAUUUAACACCGAUUAGAGGAUCAGGGAUGAAUUCAUUUCGCAUCAGAGUAAGCCUGGAUGUUCGUCGUCCCCUUCAGAGAAGAAUGAAACUGAGACGAGGAGGAGGAAAAUGGAGUUGGUUGAACUUUCAGUAUGAAAGGUUACCAAUGUUCUGUUUUUGUUGUGGUAUAAUAGGGCAUUGGGAGAAGUUUUGUGCUAAGUAUUUUGAGAAUCCGAUCCCCAAAGAAUUUCUGCCAUAUGAUUCCUGUCUAAGGGUUAACUUGAAAAAGAUGGUGAACACUGGGGAUAGAUGGUUACAGCCGUCUAGCCAAGCUAGGGUUUCCAGCGACGAAGAAGGUGAUGAGGUGGAAGCCCUAAAUGGAAAGAUCAGCGAGAAUCUCAAAAUUUCCUAUCAUAAUAGGAAUUUGAAUUUGAAUAUGGAGGAUACAAGGAAGGUGGGUGGAGAGGGCAAAUCAAAUCCCUUGAAUAAUGGAGAUUUGAAUUAUUCUGGUUAUGGUAAAGAUAAAGGGGAGAGUAAGUCUAGUGAAGAGGCUGAAUUGACGCUAGAUUCAAAAAGGAAGAGAUUGGAGUUGGGUUUCAGUGAAGAUAGGGAGGCUAAUGGGUCAGAUUUUCAACAUGAUCUUAUGAUUAUCGAUCCAUAUAAUAAUAGUCCGGUGGGCCCUGGUAUCCAGGCCCGCUAA